CUGGCACUGGCAGCAGCGCUGCCGUCGCGCACCCGCCCGGGGAGCAGCCAGCAGCCAUGCCCGCCGCCGAGCCCGAGCACAGCCCCGCCGAGCCCCAGGCGCCGGCCGCCGCGGAGUCGCUGCGGCGCGGCCGCCGGAGGAAGGUCAAGCAGGAGGACACGCCGGGGAAGAACGUGAAGCAGCAGGUGAAGGCGAAGCGGCGCGGUAAGGCCGAGGCCGAGCAGGCGCAGCCCGAGGAGAGCGGGCUGGGGGACGGCGACUUCGAGCCCCCCGUGCCCAAGAAGACGAAAAAAGUCAAGGAGAAGAGCAAUGGUGUGGUAGGAGAGAGCGACGCGUCCCAGCCGGCGGUGAAAUCUGUCCCCGCGGUGGGCGGCAGUGUGACAUCCCCGGCUGCCCAGAGCGUGGCGGCCGGAGAGCAGGACAGCGACGCCGAGGAGCUGACAGAAGAAGAAAAAGAAGGCGCCUUCUCUAAUUUUCCUCUCUCACAAAACACUGUCAAGCUUCUCACAGCUCGAGGUGUAAAAUACCUGUUCCCUGUGCAAGUGAAGACUUUCCAGCCCAUAUAUGAUGGCAAAGAUGUAAUUGCUCAAGCUCGAACAGGAACUGGGAAAACCCUUUCCUUUGCCCUUCCACUGAUUGAAAAACUCCAGAGUGUCUCGCAGGAUGGGAGAAGAGGCCGUUCACCAAAAGUGCUGGUUCUUGUUCCAACCAGGGAACUGGCCAUUCAGGUAGCCAAAGACUUCAAGAAUUUCACAAAGAAACUGUCAGUUGCUUGUUUUUAUGGAGGAGCUUCAUAUAAAGAACAGAUUGAUCUCCUUAAAAGUGGCAUCGAUAUUCUGGUGGGAACUCCUGGCCGGAUCAAAGACCACAUUCAGAACAGCAAGCUGGAACUUUCCAGUGUGAAGCACGUUGUUUUGGAUGAAGUGGAUCAUAUGUUGGACAUGGGCUUUGCUGAACAAGUGGAAGAGAUCUUGGGAUCGUCCUAUAAGAAAGGCUCUGAGAACAACCCGCAGACGCUGCUGUUUUCUGCAACUUGUCCACGAUGGGUUUAUGAUGUAGCAAAAAAAUACAUGAGAGAGGAGUAUGAACAGAUUGACCUGAUUGGAAAGAAGACUCAAAGGACAGCUACAACUGUGGAACACUUGGCCAUACAGUGUCGCUCAUCUCAGAGGGCAGGAGUUCUUGGGGACAUCAUCCAGGUCUACAGUGGCACCCGUGGGCGGACCAUUGUCUUCUGUGAGACCAAAAGGGAAGCAAACGAGUUGGCUAUGAAUGCUUCUCUCAAACAGGAUGCCCAGUCCUUGCAUGGUGACAUUCCACAGAAACAGAGAGAAAUCACAUUAAAAGGCUUCAGAAGUGGUGUGUUUGAAGUGCUGAUUGCAACAAAUGUAGCUGCUCGUGGUUUGGAUAUUCCUGAGGUUGACCUUGUUAUACAGUGCUCACCACCAAAAGAUGUGGAUUCCUACAUCCAUCGCUCUGGACGCACGGGCCGAGCGGGCCGGACCGGCAUCUGCAUUUGCUUGUUUCAGAGAAGAGAAGAAGAUCGUCUGAAGCAAGUCGAGCACAAAGCGGGUAUUACCUUUAAGCGUGUAGGCAUUCCCUCUGCUGCAGAUGUAAUUAAAGCUUCAAGCAGUGAUGCCAAAAAGUUGCUGGAGGCCGUUCCUCCCUCUGCAGUGGACUACUUCAGAAAAUCAGCUGAAGAGCUGAUAGAUGAGAAGGGGGCAGUGGCUGCCCUGGCUGCAGCCCUGGCACACAUUUCUGGGGCAGCUCACAUCCAGCAGCGCUCCCUGCUCAACUCCACAGCCGGCUUUGUGACCAUGGUGUUGAAGUGCUCCAUAGAGAUGCAUACCAUGGGCUAUGCCUGGCGGGGGCUGAAGGAGCAGCUUGGGGAGGAGGUGGAUAACAAAGUGUCUGCAAUGCGUUUCCUCAAGGGGAAGAUGGGUGUGUGCUUUGAUAUCCCUGUUGAUGAGCUGAGUAAUAUACAGGAGCAGUGGAGGGACACGCGGCGCUGGCAGCUGUCGGUGGCCAGCGAGUUGCCUGAGCUGGAGGAAUAUCCCCAGGAUGCAGGACGAGGGUUCUCCAGGUUCGGGAACAGCAGGCAAGGAGACUUCAAGAGAAACGGCUGGUUCAAGAGUGGAAAUCGGGGACUUUAACAGAGCGCUCGAUUGACCUGCGCUACAGAUAAUGGGACUGAGCUGAAUUUUAUGAGGCAGUAAAAGCCUGUUACACA